GCCUCUAUGAUUCACUUUUGACACAGCUCCUGUAAAUCGAACACCUGUAAAAUACAUUCGAAUAUUAUUUAUUUAUUUAUUUAAAAGGCAAAAGAGAUUUUUAAAAGCAACAGAAAUGUCAGUAGUGAGCGCACUACCUUUCCUGAAGCCCAUUUACACGAGAGCUCCGAUCUCCCCUGGCCGCCAGCGCAGGCACACGCUCCCCGCCAGCGAGUUCCGCUCACUCAACACUGAGGACGCCAUCAGUGUGUUCGAAAUAGAGAGAGAGGCUUUUAUAUCAGUGUCUGGGGAAUGUCCUCUUCAUCUGGAUGAGGUCCGACACUUCCUCACCCUCUGUCCUGAGCUUUCUUUGGGCUGGUUUGAACAGGGGAGGCUUGUUGCUUUUAUCAUUGGAUCACUCUGGGACCAGGACCGCCUAACCAAUGAUGCAUUGACCCUUCAUAAGCCUCAUGGGACUUCUGUCCACAUCCAUGUGCUGGCCGUCCACCGGACCUUCCGCCAGCAGGGAAAAGGAUCAAUCCUGCUGUGGCGUUACUUGCAGUAUCUGCGCUGUCUACCAUAUGUGCGCCGUGCCGUGCUAAUGUGUGAGGACUUCCUGGUGCCCUUCUACCAGAAGUCUGGCUUUAAAGGGCAGGGUCCUUCUGAAAUCACUGUAGGUCCACUUACCUUCAUCGAGAUGCAUUAUCCAAUACGGGGACAUGCAUUCAUGCGGCGUAACAGUGGCUGUUAAGGGAUCGCUAGUCAUGUAGCUUUUUGGAUCUCCAAAAGGCUAAAGUAGUGAAGCAGUGGGUGUGUCGAAGCAGCUUUUGGUUUGGUCUAGUGCUAUUUGUGUAACAAUACUCGAUCAGUAUAGAAAAAAUGGUUAGAAAUAUAAUUUAAAAAAAGAAAAAAUAGAAAAAGAAAAAAUUGCAACUGCAUCCCACCCUUUUACUUAACAGUGAUGGCUGAAAUGUAUUAUUUGAAUUCAUCAAGUCAAACUUGGAUAUUUUUUUUCUUCCAAAGUCAGGUUAUGUUUAUAUUAUUGUUUAUUUUGUAUGCAUUUCCCUUAUUACAUUUUUUUUUAAUUAAGCAAAUUUUAAAUUCAUGACAGAUUUGUCUGUUGUGUUGUGAGAUCAUGGUCAAGGCUGAAAAGACACAGCAGUGAUUCAGCUGUAAACAUACUUUUGGCUACUUUUUGUGUUCAGUGUCUUGUGGCUGCUUUAGAUGUGUGUCUGUUCAAUGGAAGUAUUAAAAUAGCAUAAACUGAAUAUUUUUCCACUGUGAUCUCUUAUGAAAAAAGCCACAAGAGAGCAUCCGUGUUGGCUGGUAUUUCUGUGAGUGCCAAUGUGACAAACAUGUAAUAUACAAUCUCAUAAACAUGAAAAACUAUUGGUUUGGCACCAGAACUAUUUGAUUUAUUGAUUAGAAUUGCUUGUUUACUUGUUUCAAAGCAAAGGAUUGAAGAGAUAAUGUUCAAUGUACAGAGGUGUUGCAAAACAGAAAUCAUCACCUAAAUGUGUCGGACAAUUUGAGAUGUUUAAGACUGGUUUCCAUUGCCUUUCCCUGUAGAAAUCCACCACAUAUGCCUCCACAGUCUUGAAUCAAGACAUCUAUGAUUUUGUAUACAUUUUGCAAGUAAAAAUAAAUAAAAGAAUAUAUUUUUCAGAA